AUGUCAAGUGGAUAUCAUCCUGUGCAGCUAGGAGAUCUGUUUAAUAACAGAUAUAGUGUUAUAAGAAAGCUUGGAUGGGGACACUUCUCUACAGUGUGGCUUGCUUGGGACACAAGAGAUGAAAAGUUUGUCGCACUCAAAAUUGUAAAAAGUCAGUCACACUACACAGAAACRGCUAUAGAUGAGAUGAAACUAUUGAGAACUGUACAUACUGCUGACCCAAAACAUCACGGGCACCAGCAUGUAGUGCAAUUAACAGAUGAUUUUAAAAUAGUUGGUAUAAAUGGCUCACAUAUAUGUAUGGUUUUUGAGGUUUUAGGUCAUAAUUUGUUGAAACUGAUUAUAAAGUCUAACUAUCGGGGUAUUUCUUUAAGACUAGUUAAAAGCAUUAUAUGCCAGACACUUAAAGGUUUAGACUACUUACAUACAAAAUGCAAAAUAAUUCACACUGAUAUCAAACCAGAGAAUAUACUUCUUUGUAUAAGCGAAAGACARAUACAGCAACUAGCAGCUGAAGCAGUACUGGCCAAAGAAACAGGGAUUUAUUCUCCUGCUCUUAUAAGUACAGCACCGGCUUCUGUAAUGCAGCAAUCCUGUGAAACGAAAAUCUCGAAAAACAAAAAGAAAAAGAUGAAAAAGAAACURAAAAAGCAAAUAGAAAAACAAAAGCUACAACAAGAUGAAAUAGAGCAGUGCAUGCUACAAGAAGCUGAUGACUGCAACGACGAAGCAUGCGAAACUAUCUCAACAUCACAAGAAACACCUCAAAAUCACUCAGAAACCACAAACAACAGUUCUYUAAUGGUACCCACUGAAGAAACAGAAAUGUCGUCUGAUACAGAAAUACCAACAACUGGAACAAAUAGUGAAUCUAAAAAAGAUAGCACCGAGGAACUAAGCACUAAAUUAAUGAUGGAACAGUGCAUUGUCUCUGAUGAAGAAAAGCCUCCACWAAACACGUCAAAUACAGAAACUGAAAAAUCAGUCGAAAACGGCGAAAGUGAUAAAAUGGAAGAAGAGCCGCCAUUAGACGAGAAAGCAGGUGCAGUUACUUCACUUGAMAAAGAAGACGAAGUUCGAGGUGAAGAAGAAGCCGAACUCGACGAGARCGAUAUACGAGUGAAGAUCGCUGACCUUGGAAAUGCUUGCUGGACGCAUCAUCAUUUUACAGAAGAGAUUCAAACGCGGCAAUAUCGAUGUCUCGAAGUAUUAAUAGGUGCAAAGUAUGGCCCUCCUUCAGAUAUCUGGAGCACAGCUUGUAUGGCGUUUGAGUUGGCCACGGGAGAUUUUCUUUUUGAGCCACACUCCGGAGAAGACUACUCAAGGGACGAAGAUCAUCUCGCUCAURUAAUCGAACUUGUUGGAAGAAUACCGCGACAUAUCGCUUUAUCAGGAAAAUAUUCCAAAGAUUUCUUUAACAAAAAAGGUGAAUUAAAGCAUAUAACAAAGUUACGACCCUGGGGUCUAUUCGAGGUCUUGACAGAAAAAUACGAAUGGUCCAAACAAGAAGCUACCGAGUUUGCAUCGUUCUUGAUGCCAAUGUUGGACUACAACACAGAAAACAGAGCUACUGCAAAGCAGUGUAUAGAGCAUCCCUGGUUGCAAGAAGUUCAAUAGGCUUUUAAAAUCUACAUUGUGUCCAUUUAGUCCGCCAUUUUGGAUUUUCGUACACAAUUCUUCAUCACCCGAAAAUAGUGUCACAGAUAUUGCGUGACGUCUCUUGUCGUCCGGUGGUUACUAGGCAAUGUACAGCGCCGCCAUUUUGUACAGCAAAGCAUGAUGGUAGCUGUUGUCCUCGCACUUUUUUAGCGGCUAAGAAAUAUCUCUUAAAGACGUUUUAUUUUUAUUAUUUCUUUAUAGAAAUAGAACAAAUACUUCCCUUUUUAAAAGAAAAAGGAAAAAUGCCUAAGGAGAACUGAUUUGGCGAAUAUAAAAAUAUUGCAAGUACUGAAAAAAAUGGCGUCGCUGUACAUUGUCUAUUUUAUUGUCGUCAUGUAACGCGAUUUGUUGAAGUGGACAUUUCGUGAGAGGAUAAAGAACUGUUGUCACACAACGGUAGAGAAUCAAAUACUGUUGUCACACAACGGUAGAGAAUGAAGUGCUGUUGUCACACAACGGUUAUAUUUUUGAGAAACGAGCAUUUGGUGAAAGGUUAUUUGGCCGCAUUCAGUCCAUUUGGAAUACUGGAAAUCUUUGCGUGACUAUUUUCGAUUGAGCAUCUGUUUGGAGCACAUGUCACGCAAUAUCGUUGUAUAGAACUAUUUAUAGCAUGAUCUGGUAACGCACAGUAAAGUAAUGCAACUCAA